UUGUACCCAACCAUAAGAGUGCUUUCUCUGUUUAACUCCAAAAAGUUAAGCCUUGUUCGGUCUUUCUUCUCUCUCUCUGUGAAACUUUCACUGAGGGAAUUUUGAGAAUGAAGAAACAUAAUAGUUUGUAGUUGUAAAGCUGUUGUUUUGUGGACAAGUUGCAAGAUAAGAAGAGGGGAGGAGAGUUGUCUUUGAGGUUGGACUUUCUGAGUUUUCUUUGUGGUCGUUUAAUGUUGCACUUGAAAGUGCAGAACUUUGGUAGUUCAGAAUUUUGGAUUUGGGUAUUGGUGUUGGUUGCUUCUGUGAUAUUCCUUUGUAAAAUAUAUUGUCAUGGAUCGGUCGUUGAAGGGACUUUACGGUUCUGUUGAUCGAUUCAGACUAAACGAUGAUACUGUGUUGGCCUUCUCUGGUAGGAAUUUUGACGAUGGGUUUCAGAAAGAAACUUAUGUUGAUAUUCCUCCUUUGCAACCUGCUCCAAUGCCGAGAAAUUUAGUUCCUUCCUCGAGUGUGAAUGAGGAGGGAGAUUCACAUGAGGAUUAUGAUUUUAGUGAUGUAGUUCUUAAGUACAUUAAUGAGAUGCUUAUGGAAGAAGAUAUGGAAGAUAAGACCUGCAUGUUUAAAGAGUCCUCAGCGGCACUUCAAGCUGCAGAGAAAUCAUUUUAUGAGGUUCUUGGACAAAGUAAUCCCCAUUCUCCCAAAUAUGAAUUGAAACCUUUUACUGAUCAAAACCAAGAGAGCUUUGAUGACAGUCAUGAUCAAAGUUGUUGGAGAUGUAGUAGUGCAAGCAUUAGUAGUAGCAGCAGUAACUUAGUCGAUCUUGGGUGCAGCCAUGAUUUGGGUGAGCAGAGGUCUUCAUCCUUUGCUUCUCAGGCCAAUUCUCAGUCAUUCCAUAGCUCAGGGAACAGUACUGGUAGUGUGCUAGAUGGCUUUGUGGAUUCUCCAGUGAGUACUCUUAGGCUUCCUGAAAUAUUUAGUGAUAGUGAGUCUGCCAUGCAAUUUAGAAAAGGGUUUGAAGAAGCAAGUAGGUUCCUUCCAAAUGGCCAGAGCCUGUUUGUUGAUGUGGAGAGUGAUGGAUUGUUUCUCAAGGAGGUAAAGGAAGAGGCUAAAGGUGUGGUCGAUAAGGCAGAGAAGAAUGAGUUCUCACAGAACGGAUCAAGGGGAAAGAAGAACCCUUAUCCUGAGGAUGUGAAUUUAGAGAGUGGGAGGAGUAACAAGCAGUCAGCAGUUUACACUGGAUCCACUGUAAGCUCUGAAAUGUUUGAUAAGGUACUAUUAAAUUGUCAAAGUGUAACUGACCUUCGCAAAGCUUUGCAAGAUGAAACAAGCAAGAAUGUGCAGCAGAGUGGACAACUGAAAGGGUCUACUGGUGGAAAGGCACGUGGGAAGAAACAGGGAAGUAAAAGGAAUGUGGUGGAUUUGAGAACUCUUCUGACCCUUUGUGCACAAGCUGUUGCAUCUGAUGAUCGGAGGAGUGCAAAUGAGCUGCUGAAGCAAAUCAGGCAGCAUUCUUCACCUAUGGGUGAUGGGAUGCAGAGGAUGGCCCACUAUUUUGUUGAUGGCCUAGAGGCACGCUUAGCUGGCUCUGGGACCCAGAUUUACACUGCUCUUAUCACAAAGCCAACAUCAGCUGCCGACGUUUUGAAAGCUUACCAUCUGUUUCUUGCUGCAUGUCCUUUUAGGAAGCUCUCAAAUUUCUUCUCAAAUAAGACAAUAAUGAAUCUAGCAGAAAAUGCACCUAGGCUUCACAUUAUUGAUUUUGGUAUUCUAUAUGGCUUCCAAUGGCCUUGCCUCAUACGGCGUCUCUCAUCUAGACCUGGGGGACCGCCUAACCUAAGGAUUACAGGGAUUGAUCUUCCACAACCAGGUUUCCGCCCAGCAGAAAGGGUUGAAGAGACAGGGCUCCGUCUUGCAAACUAUGCAGAGACUUUCAAAGUUCCAUUUGAGUUCCAUGCAAUUGCACAGAAGUGGGAUACCAUUCAAAUUGAGGACCUCAGGAUUGAUAGUGAUGAGGUGCUUGUUGUAAACUGCAUGUACAGGCUUAGAAACCUACUUGAUGAGACUGUGGUUGUGGAGAGUCCAAGGAAUAAAGUUCUGAACUUGAUCAGGAAGAUGAAUCCUGACGUUUUCAUACUGGGAAUUGUGAAUGGUGCCUGUAAUGCUCCAUUCUUUAUUACAAGAUUCAGGGAGGCUCUCUUCCACUAUUCCACUUUAUUUGAUAUGCUUGAGACUAAUGUGCCUCGUGAAAUUCCAGAGCGGAUGCUGAUUGAGAGGGAGAUAUUUGGGUGGGAGGCAAUGAAUGUCAUCGCAUGUGAGGGUGCUGAAAGAAUUGAGAGGCUUGAGACAUACAAGCAGUGGCAGGUCCGGAUUUCAAGGGCUGGGCUUAGGCAGUUGCCAUUGAACGAGGAAAUCAUGAAGACAGCAAAGGAGAGGGUGGAUACAAGCUACCACAAAGACUUUGUAAUUGAUGAGGAUAACCGGUGGUUGCUUCAGGGGUGGAAGGGACGAAUUGUUUAUGCACUCUCUUCUUGGGUGCCUGCCUCUUAAGUGCAUAUUUGUUACUACUCACAGAAGGCAAGGUCUUGUAAAAUGCUGUGGUUGGAUUGCAGCCUUUCGUGCUUAGGAUUUCAUGAUGGAUUUCACAUAUACGAAGAUAAGGCUAUGUAAGUAAGAUCUUGCUGGGGCUUUUUCUCAUGCUGUUGAAGACUUAAAUCGGAGGUGGCUUACUGUUAUUAUUUAGCAAAGCUCAUGCAUCAUUUACCAAUUACUAUAUUGCUUUGGCAGUUACGUUAUGGUCUGAGUUAAUUACAUGUAUGUUCAUAAUACAUAAGAAGUACCAGGGAAUAACAGCAACGGAAAUGGCUUUUACACCCACAUUACCUUAACGAAACAGCGAUGAAGUUAGGUCAAAGCUAGCAAUUUAGUGGGAAUGUAAAUGCUAUUUAGAAUCUCUUCAGCAUAAAGUAGUUGCUUGUUGUCAGUUUUUAAGAGGUUAUGGAACUCUCUUUGUUUUGCAUUGGGUCUCACAUUUCCUUUAAUCAAUCAACAUUCUCUUUGGGGAUUCAAGUUA